AUGACAGGUGGUCCUGGAAUGUCGUUACCAGGAAGGGUGGACCAUGUUUACGUGGAUGCGGCUGAGGAUGAUGAUGGAUCGGAUAGCGUGGAUAAGAGGGCUUCUACCUUGGACGAAAGACAGUGGAUCACAUUGGAGUAUUGGAGACUAGGCAUGUACGUACAGUAUCUAGUUUGCAACAUGGAUGAAGAUGCUUAUGACGGCGGCAACCAAGGAUACAAUAAUACGACAACCAUGAUGCCCGCUGAUUCUAUGUGA